AUGAAUAUAAUAUAUCUUGUACAUACAACGCCAGAUUCGAACAGCUGGCAAUCUAAUACCAUGACAUAUGUACUUCGAAAUAAUUCAGAUGUUUGUGAUGAUAAUGAUCAGAUGAAUUUCUUUGAUGAUAGUGUACUAUUAAAUAAAGAAGACAUAACAAUAAUAUGGUUUGAUAAAAAUAUUGACUUAAAUAAUAUGAAUCAUGAUAUUUUAAAAACGAAACAAAUGUUUGAACAAAUUCAUAAUUAUAUAUUAUAUUUUACAGAUAUAAAUACAUGCAUCGAUUAUAUGCAAACAGUUAUAUAUGAAAAAAUAUUGUUAAUUUUGUCUGGUACGGAUGCCAAUGGUCUUUUAUCAUUAGUUCAUAAUAUGUUAGCGAUAUUUAAAAGUUAUUAUCGUGGCAAUGCACAAGAAAUGAAAAAUAUUUUAACAUUUGAGUCAAUGUACACAUCUACACAGGCCAUACAAUGUUUACAUGUAUUUCGUUAUUUUAUUGCUGAUUUAUGUUUACAUUUAUGCCAAUUGCAUUAUGAACAACUUGAAACAUCAUCAUCGACAUUAGGUCUUACUGUGUAUCGUGGUGUUAAAUUAUAUGAGUAUGAAGUUAGUAUGAUAAAAUACUCAACAGGACAAAUUAUUCAUCCAAAUGGUUAUUUAUCGACAACAAAAAAUCGUUUCGUUGCUGAAAUGUAUGCCGGUGUUGGUGCAAGAUGCUAA